GCUUUUUUUCCCCUUGUCCACUCUUCCUGUUCAGUGGGUUUGACUUGCGACCCCAACAGCUUCACCAACAGCUUCACCAACAGCUACAGCAACCAUGGCAGCCAAGCCUUCUGCUGCCUCCGAGCCCGAGGCCAAGCGAGCCCAUGUGACUGAGGGUGGUCAGGCUGGUGAUGAGCACCCGGCCGUGACGCGCUUUCGCGAUUACCUGCGCAUCAACACGAUGCAGCCCACACCAGACUAUGAGGCUGCGGCUGUCUUCCUUGAAGGGCAGGCCAAAGACCUUGGCUUCGAAGUGCGACGCUGGGAAGGCGUGCCUGGCAAGCCAGCGGUUAUCAUGACCUGCCCGGGCACUGAUCCAACCCUGCCCUCAGUCGUUCUCAACUCGCACAUCGAUGUCGUGCCUGUUUUCGAGGAACACUGGAAGCACCCCCCGUUUGCUGCGGUCAAGGAGGAUGGCUGGAUUUACGCCCGCGGCUCGCAAGAUAUGAAAUGCGUUGGCAUGCAGUAUCUUGAGGCUCUCCGCGAGCUUCGCGCUGCCGGUGCCUCGUUUGCGCGGACCAUCCACUUGACAUUUGUGCCAGAUGAGGAAAUUGGCGGCCAUGAUGGCAUGGAACGCUUUGUAGAGGAUCCACUCUUCAAAGAGCUGAACAUCGGCGUGGCCUUGGACGAAGGUCUGGCCAGCGAGAACGACAAGUUUCCGGUGUACUAUGGCGAACGGGUCCCGUGGUGGGUCACGGUCAAAUGUACUGGGCAGCCGGGUCAUGGCUCUCGCUUCUUGCCCAAGACAGCGAUGGAGCGCCUGGUGGGUGUGAUCAACAAAUUCCUCAAGUUUCGUGGCGAGCAAGAAGCCAUCUUGCUCAACGAUCCCACAAAGACGCUGGGUGAUGUCACGACGGUCAAUCUCACCAUGCUCAAUGGUGGCGUGCAAUACAACGUUAUUCCAGCUGAGGCCGGUGCUGGCUUUGAUAUGCGCAUUCCGCCCACCGUGAAUCUGCAAGAGCUCAAGGCCACCUUGGACGAAUGGAUGGCUGGAGAAGGUAUCAGUUACACCUUCAAACAGGUCUAUUGGAACAACCCCGUCACCGACAUUUCCGACAAGAACUUGUAUUGGUCUGCGUUUGCUGCCGCAUGUGGCCGUUGCAACAUCGACAUUGAGCCUCAGAUCUUUCCAGCUGCCACUGACAGCCGCUACCUUCGCUGUGCCAAUAUCCCGGCGAUUGGGUUCUCUCCCAUGAACAACACGCCUGUACUGCUUCAUGAUCACAACGAGCGUCUACAUGAGGACGUCUACAUUCGCGGCAUUGCCAUUUACAAAGAAAUUUUGCCAGCGCUUGCCAAUCUGCCUGCUAUCCAAGCUUGAGCCCUGCUCUUGCGAUAAAAUGCUCUCACUCAGGUGCGCAACGUCUUGACACAUCACGGGAUAUGAGUUUUGGACGUUAAAUCGGUGAAUGAAGACGAGAAAUUUUGACCAAUGAUGGCACGGAGACCAGUCAAAUUCAUUACCAACACUUC